UAGUGCGGCAAUGUGUCGAGGGCAGACGUCGCGACAUGUGGAAGUCUCACCAUUUCUGUAGCCCUAAAACAAUAAUAAUAAAUCAUUUGCGACAUUCAGAUUUAGCAAUUGCAACUCUUUAGGAUUUGAAGACACAAUAAAUGACACCAUUUAGUGACUCAACAAUGAUGCUAAUGCACUUUUGCAUAAUGCAACGAUCGGAUAAAACCUUCAGGAGAAUUAAGAGUUUUACAGUUAGCAUCGAGAUGCGAUCAUAGGGUGAGUAGUUUUUUUUUUAACCGUCAAGUUGUCACAAAUUGACACAAAUAACCCUAAAAACAAACUUCACAACACAUUCACGCGAUCGUAGGUGGCCCUAUGUCGAGCUUUGAAAACAGUUGACUAACCCAGCCUCCUUACUCUUUUUCGUCGUGGUCCAUCUGGUUAACAGUGGCGUCCCACCAACGAUUUAUACAGUCACAUGACUGGCUAAUUACACCACCAGUGUCAAAAUUUGACACUUCCAUCACAAUUUUUCACUUCAUUUAUGUCAAAUGUCUAAGAAAUGACGUAACAAAGCCGACUUGAUACCGAAAAAAAUGCGUGAAAAAGAGACACACCGCCACUGGUGGCUAUAACUCACGCUAACAAGAUCUUCCCUCACUGUCACACCAAAGCCGACAUCCUUGUCUAGUCACAUUAUCUUUAAUCUAUCGUCGAUGGUGCGAGAGCGAGACGAGAACACGCACCAAGCCUACUAAGACCCGACUAACAACCGUGUAAACAAACAAUUACUCCCCCCCGACCAACCCCCGCGAUCUAAUUACGAAUCAAGUUUUUUUUUUUUUUUUCAAAGCCGGUUUGUUUAUUUAUCGGAUUCAGGGUAAUUACAGGGCGCGAUCGAAUUUUUUCGAUUUAUUCUAGUACGCCCACAGAUAAAUGCAAAAUGUGACCUUGAGUAUUGUAGCCUGCUUGAUUAUUUGACUUAUAAUAACCCAUCAUCAAUUCAGGGUUGUUGACGUCAUGUUUUUUUUUUUUUGUUUUUUUGUCACGAUUGGGGUUGUGCAACUUGUAAUUCCAUUCAAAUUAUUGUAAAAACACUUAUCCUUGAUUGUUGUAAAUCUGAAUAGUGUAAUAUACUCCAAUGUCAUUCUUUUUUUUGUAUUUAAAUCCCCAGCCAACUUCUAUCAUCUUUCCUGUGUUUAAUAAAAGUUUCACUUAACCUUCAGACCGGCUAAGUUUUUAUGCAAAAUGCAGUUUCAACAUCGUCAACUUAAAGAAAAAAAAGUGCAACUCAUUAUUAUUAAACCGUAACGGAUGACAUAACGUUAAUAAUAAUAAUAGGAAAAAGCGGAACUGUGAAAUGCUACAUUUUUUACUCAAAUUGCACAAUUUUUGACAAUUAUCUAGUGACCUAAAACUUUUAUUGAUUGGUUCGAAGUGAGCGUUUUCAUUGGUCAAUAAUCGAAAUUACGACAAUAGUGAUCAUCAGUUGUUUCAUGUGACGUAAUAAUUAGCUAUUAAAAUUCUGAAAAGAAACCAAGUCGCCUGUGUGUACGAUCAAUAAUGUUAAAACAGUGAAAGCAACCUUGCGGUGUUACAGAAAUCGGUUUCUAUGGCAACCCCAACAUGAAAAACCAAUCAACGUGUUGUAAUUAUGGCUGUAGUGAUAUCGCAGCGAAAAUGGUUUAUUUUAUUAGCCACAGCCACGACAACAACAAUUUUACUUAUGUUAAUUAAUAAACCAAAUUUUCAAGCUAUAGAUUAUCAUGAGCAACGUUCGACUCUAUUUUUAGAAAAAAUAACACUAAAAAAUGAAAAACCGGGAAAAAACUGGAGAGGAUUAACCGAAACCGAAAUAUCGAAAUUAUCAGUAUUAGGACGAAUAUUAUAUUUAGAGGAAGAACCACCCCAAAUAGCUGACCCAAAGAGAAAUUACCAGAUUUUUGUAUGGAAAUAUGGCAAAACGAUCGAAAACCGACAUUUGAAACAAUACGGAAACCAAUUUGUGAACCCUUUUUCCGACUGUCCGGUACAAAACUGUCACAUAACCUAUAACGAAACGGCGUUAAAAACCGCCGAUAUAGUGAUUUUCCACAUGCAUCGAAUGAAACCGGGGGAUCUCCCCAAACGCACCUCACACGAGUCUCAAAUCUGGGCGUUUUUGACCGACGAGAGCCCCCAUCACACUUUCCUAUCGGCUAAUAACCUCACAAACUACAACGGAGUAUUUAAUUGGUCGAUGACAUAUCGGAUGGAUGCGGAUAUCCCGGUCCCAUAUGGGCGCACAAUUCUCCGUAAAACGCCCAUCGAACAGGACUCAAUUUUGAAACGUCGGGACGUGUUGGUGGCUAUUAUGGGGUCGAAUUGUGGGGGCACAAACAAGCGCUGGGAGUACGUGAAAGAGUUACAGAAGCACAUCGUGGUGGACACGUAUGGGGGCUGUGGAUCGAUCAAAACGUGUCCGGGACACUUCAAGAAGGACUGUCCCCAACUCGGCGAAUAUUUGUUCUAUUUAUCGUUCGAAAACUCCAAUUGUGACGAAUACGUCACGGAGAAGCUUUGGUGGAACGCAUUCGAGAAGAAUUCAAUCCCGAUUGUUAUGGGGGCUCCCGUGGCGAGCUACAGAAAGUUGCUACCGCCCCACUCGUUUCUACACGUCGAGGACUACGCCCGCCCCAAAGACCUCGCCCAACAUAUCCUCUAUUUGAACAAAACGGGCAAAUUUCGGAAUUAUCACAAGUGGAAAGGGGAUUUUGAGGUCUUGAACGAGCACGCGUACUUCCAAUCCAAGUCUUACCACUAUUGCAGGGUCUGUGAGGCCCUCAAUUACAACCAAAAGCACAAAAAAGUCUACCAGGACUUGAGCCAGUUUUGGGGCAUCACUCGAGACUGCUAUCCGGCGUGGAACGCCAGAUAAACCAACUAUUUAUUCAAAUCCAAAGAGUUAGGUUAUGUUCGUUUUUUGUACAAUUGAGAUGAGAAAAAUAAAACUUACCACUAAUUUAUGA